AUGAGCCUGAGCCCGUGCACGUGCAUGCUCAUGAUUUCGCUUUCUACUUUAUUUAACCGGGAGGCCGCCAAACAGCCAGAAGGCAUUAUGACGGAUGAUGUACCGGCUGAUGAGCCCUCCUCUACACUGUUUAUCGACGCUGCUGCCGCUGGCGACCUCGACGCGGUACGGCGGCUCUGCGGUACGGCUGAGCUCCGGCUGCGUGACGAGUCGGGCUGGUCAGCAUUGACUUGGGCCUCAGCUGAGGGACACACACCAGUGGUGGAGUUUCUCAUCCAGCAAGGGGCGAUUGACGCCGAGGUGGAGCAGGCGGGGUGCGUGAGCGAUGUAGCAGAAGACGCCAACCCGCCAAGCCUUGUGGGCCAAAGCCUUGCCCGCAACGCGUUCGGGAACACGGCAGCACAAGUUACAAAGCACGCGGGGUGCAAGUCAUUGCUUUCAAAGGCUGUGGAGGCCGCGGCGGAUGACCGGCGCUUCCUCUGCAGCAGCUCCGGCCUCUUUGUUGGCAGCAGAGAGUCGUGUGCAGUCACUGUCGUUGAUCGGGUCUCCGCGCCCUCUCAGCGCCCAGUGCGGUACUCAACAGAGUGCGCCUCCAAGAUUCGCGCAGCGGAGGCGGCUCUGGAGGCUGCGACUGCGGCCAUGGACAAGCCGGAGGCUUUGCAAAGCGCGCUGGACGCUGCCAACGCCAGCGGCGCAUCAGUGCAUCUCAUCGAUGCCGGCACUGCGGCGUUACUUCGGCUGGAGGCGCAGCUUGCGCUCGAGGAGCAAGUGAUCACCGUGAAUCGGCUGCGUCCGCUCGAGUCGCGAUCGCCGCUCAAGCCACUGUCUUCCUGCCUCAAGCUGUGUAGGGAGCGAGAGAGUCUGCCGUCGCUCAUCGAGCAGGGAGAGCAGGUGUUGCGAUCCGUCGACGCCGAGCUGGCGCUCCAAGAGUGCACUCACGCGAGCUCGAGCCUACGACUCACGGAUGCUCACGUGACCGAUGGCGACGAGGGUGACGAGCUCAUCCUCCCAAGCCACACUUUUGCCGUGGUGGCAGACGCCGGCAUUGCGUCUCUCGAAGGGCUCAUCGCUGCAGCGCGGGCGGCAGGGGCGCUCGACGAGGUGUUGCGCGCGGGUGACUCGGCUCUCUCGAUGCUGAUGGCCGAGUCGGAGCUGCGCCACGCCCUCGACGAGCCGCGGCUGGAGGAGGCUGAGGCGGAGGCGGCGGGAGGGGAGACGAGCUGGCUGCACCCCGACGGACAGAAGAGCACAUCCCCGCUGGAGAGGCUCGAGCUGCAGUGCGGCGCGUUGGCAGCGGCGCUGGAAAAAAGCGAGGUGCUUGGGACAGCCGAGACAGUGCUCGAGGCAGCAAGGGCGAAGCAAGCGUCGCUGCAGGAGCUGCUCAAGCAGGAGGUGGCAGCAGAGGAAACGCGAGUCGCCAAGGCGGCGGCGGCUGCCGCCAAGAAGGCCAAGAAGAAGUGA